UCCAUGGUCGUUAAUCUCAGUUCUCCAUCUAUAUUAUUUUUGUGUUCACGAUAUUCUCAUCUCCACAAUGUUUAUUCGAAAGAAACCAAAUACAUAAAUACACUUUGCUAGAUUAUUUAAAUUACUGGAUACGUGAUGGCUGACGCAAAUAGAGAAGCAUGUUCUCGCGUAGAAGAAAUAGAAAUAGAAAAAGCAAAAGAGGUAAGAGAGGAAGAUGUUAAGACGGAUGAAAGCAUGGUUGAGAAAUGGACCAUGUUAAAUGAGAAUAGUGAACAUAGUGAUAAUGAAAGUUCUCUAUCACAAGAAACACAGGAAAAUUGGAUAAUAGUGAAUUCUGAAGCAGUGUCAAAAAAUGAUAAUGUAUUGCCGAAGGAUAAUAAUGCAGUAUCAAAGGAUGAUGAUUUAUCAAACAAUUGUGAUGGAAUAUCAAGGAUAGAAGAUAAUUUCGAUGGUUCUGAUGGUUCUGAUAGUAUAUCUGUUAUAACAGAGAGUGAUAUAGAUUCAAAUAAUCGAAUUUCCCAAGUUAAUGAUAGUUUCCAAAUUAAUAGUACCUUCCAAGAUAGCUCUAAACUUUUGAGAUUAGAAAGACAGAGAAGUGCAAGGAGAGAAAAGCAAUGUCUUAUUGCUUGUGCACUUGGUUUAUUGUGUGUUAUUGGUUCCCUUUUUUAUCCUCCUUUCAUAGUUCCAGAAGCUUUUGAAGACUCAAAUGGAAUUGACAAAGAAAGUUUUAAGAUGACAACUUAUAACGUUGAUAAUAUUUACAAAGAAUUACCGCAAGUGAAAGCUGUGCUGAAUGAAAUGAGAGCACUCAUUUCAGAUGAUACAAAAAAUAGAAAUAAUUUUUUAGUUCAACUUUCUGAGAUCAUUGAUUCCUCUAAUAAAAUGAAUAAGAAGCCUAUCAUGGCUGUUAAAGAAUCUUUCAACUCUAACUCAUAUCCAUUGGAUCAACUUCAAGUAUCUUUACAUGUAUUAUCAUCAUUGGUAUUUAUUGAUGAUAAUAUACCUUUAAAGAAUGAAAUGAGUAAGACACUAGAUACUGUGAACAAUACAAAAGCAUUCUAUGAAACUUUGGUAUCAUUUAAUAAUAAUACACAAAACAAUUCUACUGUUUUAGAAUUUUUGCAAAGUGGCAAUGAUAUAAUACGUAUCGCUUCUGAACAACUUUUCUCUGACUUGGUGGAAAAAAUAGUCAAAGUGAUGUUAAAUGUGCAUAAAAAAUAUGCUAACGUGGGACAAAAAUUAAGUAAAAAAUUAUGCCAUUUGAAAAAUAUACUGCCUGAUAAUGAAUUAUUAAAACAAUUAACAGAGAAUAAUCAGUUUUUUAAAAAUUAUGACAAGUCUUGUUCAAAUCAUGAUUCAAAGAAAUUGAAUAACAAAGGGAGUAAAACAGAAGGUGCAAACAACCCAAAGCAGCAGAUUAGAGAAGCAGAUGAUACAAUAUUACACAUGAAACAUAAAAAGAACGUUCAGAAGAUUUAUAAUAACAGAGAGAAUUCUUUAAAUAAUAAUAGAAAUGGAACACAAAGUAUAAAUAAUUCUACCACUGCAAACUCGAAGAAGAUAAAAUUAAAUGUGGAUAACAAUUAUAAUAAAAUAAGAGAGAAACUAUAUGAAGUACUGUCUUAUUUAGAAGACAUACGAUCUGAUCCUAGUAAAUUAGAACAAUUAACUAAGAAUUGCGGAGAGAAUAAAAAGUCAAUUAAUAGAUGUGAAGGGAAGAAUGAUUGUGUACAAUCAGACACAUGUCCGUUUUUUGAAUUAAACAAAUCGCUAGAGUUUGAUAACGACAUAAUUACAUCUAAUACCGUACCUGAUCAUGCAACAAAGAGUUAUAAUGUUUACGCCAACAGUAAACAUAAAGUAAAUAGUACAAAAACUGUAUUGGAUCAUGGAAAUUCUUCAAACAUUCUUGCGAAAGAGAAAAGCAGAUCAAAGCAAGAAAAUGAUUUUAAAUCGAAACAUUCUACCAAAAAGCCUUUUAAUAAUAAGAAUGCAUACAAAAGAGAGGAUGUAUCACCUCAAAAUAAAAUGAAGAACCAUAUACCAAAGGAUACCUUUAACCAUCAUGAAUCCAAACAAUCUUCAUUUAACAAACGCACAAUAAAACAAGACGAUGAACCUUAUACAUUUGGGACGGACGAUAUCAACAAAUUUUCCUGGACAAUUCAGUAUCGUAUAAUUAUUUAUUUUUUAUAUUUUAUGUGUUUUGUAGUGUAUGUUUGUAUAAAAAUAUUGUCGGAUACAUUCGAUUAUUUUUGUAUCAGAUACAACCGAUUGUUUUCGUAUAGUUCGGCAUUUAAAGAUUUGAUAAAAAUUAAUGCAUUCAUCAUAAGUCUAUGGAUGUUUACACGGUUACUUUCACUUAUUUUAAACGAGUAAAACAAAAAAAUAAGCGAGUAGAGGUAGAGUUAGAUAUAAGAUAAUUAUCUAUGUGUAAACUUUACAUUCUUAUUAAGAAAAUUUAACAAAAGAUAAGAUUCAAAUUUGAAUAGGUAUAAAAAGAGAAAAAAAGACUAAAAAAUAUAUAAUAAAAUAUAUAUUUAGAUCUAAUGCGCGCAAGAAGCAGUGGCAGUCCGAUGCUUCAGAUUGGUACUUUCAACGAGCUGAUUCCCGUAAAAAUGCGCGAAAGGACGUGGAAUAUCAGCGGAAUUGGUAUUUUCAACGAGCCGAUUCCCGUAAAAAUGCACGAAACUAUGUAGAAUAUCGACGAAAUUCGAAGCGUUCACGUCGGAAGAAAUGUCACCCACGUAGAAUUGUAG